CGCAUAAAAACUUAUCGACUUAAGUAGUACCGAUUUAGGGCGUUGUGAGGUGUGAUUUCACUUCCCCACACAUAACCGUACUAAUGAACCCAAAUCUCUUAAUCACAGAUCACAUUUCAGUUCUGACCCUAAGAUUGGAGCCGAUCCGAAGAGUGUUCAAUCCACUCCAAGUAAGAUCGAUGGCAACUCCCAAAAAUGCUGACGCAACGACCCUGAACCCCCGGAGGGACGGUUGCGACAGUUGGCGACUCCGCUAGGGACAUUCGAGAGUCGAGCUACAUUUACUAGGUUCGAUAAGUUUUCGUACUUUCUCUUAUAUGUUGGGUGUUUACUACUUAUUUGCGCAAUUAUAUUUUCGCAAUUUAAAUUUUGCAUUCAUGCAUAAAAGCUCUACGCCCAAGCUAUCCCUUUAGAAAAUUGAAAGGAGUACCGUGACUUCCAUAGUAGUGGCCGUCACGCAAAACUUUCUAACCAAGUUAAACUCGGAUCCUAGGAUGAUCCUGAGGUAUCUAGCCAGUUCGAAAGGACUACGGCAGGAUACAACUUGGGAGCCAAAUCUCUAGGAAUUCCCCCGCCAGCAUAUAGUGAGCUUAGAGGCCACCCAAAACCGUCCAAAACAAUCCCGAAACCACCCUAAAACCAUGUCGUUACGCCACCCGAAAGCCCUAGGUCUACCUAAAUAAGGUAAGGAUGUAAUGAUAUGUGUUUUCUUAUCUAAAUAUAUGUUUGCUUACGAUGUUAUGAUAUGUGUUUUAUCUUUCACUCAUUGAACUGCGUGGUUGUAUGAAUGAAAAACGUUCUCAAAAUUCAUAAGCAUCAUUCUCUUAUAAGAUUUUCAUUCACUCAUUUACAACUUAUCAUAAAAAGAUUUAAAAAAAAACUCACAUGCAUCAAGUGAAAAAUGAAUUCGCAUUCAUACAUCAUUAACAUUUUGCAUAACCAUCAAGCAUACACCAUCAUUAAAAAAGGAAAUAAUUUGACAGUAUUGAGACGGUCCAGGUUUCCUUAAAAUUGCUCGUCCACAAGGAAAAAGUCAAGACUUCAAGUACUUAACUAGAUCCAAGCUCGAGUUCGUCAUGGAAGCGUUCCAGAAAAAGUUAAGCGACAUUGAAGGAAAGAUAACCGGAUUUGAUGAAAAGCUAGCCGGGUUCGAUGAAAUGAAGGAUCAGCUGAACAUGAUAGUAAAGAUAUUAUUAGCUAAAGGGAAAGGGGUAGUAUCUAACGAUGAAGAAAUACACUCUGAUGAAGAAGAUUGCGAUGGGCACCUGAAGGGUGAAGUUUCUAGUGCCAAGAUCCCCGUCAUACCCUCAAAAGACGUAUAUGACAAGAAGAACAUGGGAUCUCCAAUACAUGAUCGAGAGGAAGACAAAUUGGAAGGAGCCAUGGACGACGUGCUAUUAAAAGAAAAUGGGAAUACCUGGACGAAAGGGUGAAAGCCAUUGAGGGGGUAGAAUCCAUUGGUUCUACAGAUGGCACACAGUUGUGCCUAGUUCCCGACGUGAUAAUUCCCAAUAAAUUUAAAAAUUCCAAAGUUUGAAAAGUAUGACGGUACCACGUGCCCCAGAAACCAUCUGAUCAUGUAUUGCAACAAAAUGGCUAACCACAUUAGAGAUGACAAGCUCAUGAUAUACUGCUUUCAGAAUAGCCUAAGUGGUUCGGCGCUAAGAUGGUAUAUGCAACUCGAAAGUUCGAAGGUGAAGAGGUGGAAAUAUUUAGCUGAUGCGUUCAUAAUACACUACAAGCACAACCAAUAUCUAGCUCCUGACCGAGAAGAUUUACGUAACAUGGGAAAGAAAGAAAAUGAAUCUUUCCGUGAGUAUGCACAGAGGUGGCGAGGAAAGGCCGCAGAUGUUCAACCCCCGUUGUCAGAAAAAGAAAUGGUUUCGACCUUCUUCGAAACACUAAAGCCUCCAUAUUACAACAUCAUGGUAGGAAUCACUACAACAAACUAGUAAUUGGAGAACGAAUAGAGAAGGGGAUUAAGCUAGGAAAAAUGGAAAUUCCAGAAGCCUCUAAGAAACCACACCAAGCCCGAAGAGGAGAAGCAGGCGUCCAUUAUACUCAAACAGAAUCAUCAAGAGGGAGAAGGUGAGAUCAUCAACCUCAGGCCAAUCAAGCGCGUCCCCAUGUUGCAAACCCUGCCAUAAUUAAUAAACGUCCAGUGUUUCAAACUCAACGAACAAUCCAAAGCCCGACACAAGUUGCACCACCAAAUAACCAAGACCAGAACAAUGCCGGGAAAUACAAAAAACCUCUCCAAAUCGACCCUAUCCCCAUUACAUACACCGAACUUCUCCCAACUAAUUCAGAGUCACCUAAGUUCCCCAAUACCAUGUGAACCAAUGAAACCUCCUUAUCCAAAUUGGUACAGGUCAUCAACACUGUGCUUAUCACUCAGGAGUCGCGGGACACUCAACUGAAGAUUGUCGAAUGUUCAAGAUCAAAGUCCAACAAAUGAUGAAAGCUGGUUGGUUAAAGUUUGAAGAAGAUCCUAAAUCUCCAUACAUCAGUAAUAACCCACUGCCAACUCAUGAGAAUUAGUAGGCAUAUUACAAGGCAAAGCUCGAUUGAAGGAUGAUGUUGAUCCUAUCUAGCAAAUAAAAUAUCGAGAUAAGUUGCCAUAACAAAAAUGUAUCACUUUUGCUUUCACCGUCAUGAAUAACAGGUAUUUCACGUUACGACUUCUUCGGAGCACCGCGUGAACAUUAUAAAUCUUAAUUUUAGAGUUUGCAUCAAUGGUUUUCAUAAUCAAAAUAGCAAAUACCACUUCUGAUGUCUUAAAAAAAGAUUUAUUUUCUACAAAAAUUAAACCCAUCAAAAUCCAGUUUCAUGCUCAAGUUAAGCCAUGAGAUUGUCAUGCUAAGAAAAUGUGAACACCCCACUGGUGUUGAGAAUUUAAAACACCCCGUUAGUGUCGAGAGCUUAAGCGCCCCACUGGCAUUAUGAGUAUGAACACUCUACCUGAGUUCAUAUAAAAUUGGGACUUAAAAUUAAUAGUCAAAAGGUGUAACAAGUAUACGACAUCAUGCUACUUAUAGAUCUUGUUGCCACUGUAGUCGACUUUUGCUAACAGGUUGAGACUCCGUUCACAUGAAGUCAAAUAGCCAAAUCCCAGUGCACCGAUAGACAAGGGACUCAACAUUAUGGAUAUGAAACUUCUCACUGAAUGUCAUAGCUAGAGGAUUGAAGGAGUUCAAGGAUGCAAUCUAUGCAAACCAAGGAAUCACACGCAUGAAACACUUAUCUAUACAAACAAGCACAUAACGCUUGCAAUCUCGCUUCUUCGAGAAGGGAGUAGCCAAAUCAGGCUAGCUAACAAAAGGCACCCACAUCCUCAAUCACCAAGAAAGACUCCCAGCCUUCCUAUACUUGUAUCAAGAAAAUCAAAUUUUAGAAUUAAGGAAAAUGAGAACCAUAGAUGGGGGCCUACCAUAGCCAAGUAAGUCUCGCACAACAAAAAAAACGAAAAAAUAAAAUAUAUUGUGGGACUAACAAAUUAGGUGCCCCUAGUUAAGCAUUUGAAGUAUCAACCGCAUGCACCAAGUUAAGGUCUUACAAAGAAAAAUGAUGACCUCAAGCUAGACCUUCCAUGAUAAGAAAGCGUUUUCGACCAAAAUCACUUCUUCCCAGAGACUCAUCAUUUUGAGAACAAGUCAGAAGCUGAAACUCCACCACAACCAACAUUUAGAGGUCAAACAAAAAUCUUGACUAGUCCAUAACCAGAUUACAUUCGCAAAAAUCUCAAACCACGACUCAUGAAACCAUAAUCUCAAAGACAGGGGGCAAAGCCAGCCAAACACACAUUCCCCCAAAUAUUGCCCAAGACUGUCAACAGUUUCAAACAAAUCUUCGUCGAAAAAAGACCAGGAUAAUAGUGGUUUUCAACCCAUCAUAUCAAUCUUAUACUUGGGGGGCAUAGCCAAAAUCCCUCUACGAGAAGCCUUAUAUGGGUAAGAUCAAGAUUUGACUUAUCCGUCACCCAUCUGAAUAAACCAUACUUCAAGAGCAAGAAGACUCCUACCAUCAAAGUCAUAUCGGACAAAAGCCCUUUUAAUGGGAAACCAACGUCCACAACGAAACCAUAUGAAGGUAUCCUAAAUCAAUCACACCAAGGUCUUCCAUGUUGCUGCACAAGGAACGCAGUUGACCACGAACAUAAAAUGAGACAUCUCAAGGUGACUAGAAUCUUAAUGGUAGCUGAAAUGUCGUACACUCAAAUCACCUAUAGGAAUGAGUGAUGAGCGAAAUCAAAAGUGAGAGUGAAAGCGAGCAAAAUCAAAAUUGAAAGUGAAAGCGAGGGCUUACUGAUUUUCUCAUGGCUUGGCUUACACUUCUUUUAUUGAAAAAAAAUCAAAUUUGGCAGCACGACAACUACCACGCAAAACCGGUUUUAUCCCGUUUGCACACACUUCUAGAAAGCAAAGUCUUGAUAUGGCUUUUGUUUUACUUCUCUAAUAAACGUUUUCAAACAUU